UUGUGUAAGGCGGGAACGAGCGAAAUUCAAGAGUGGUUUUUCUCCGAGUCCGUUUUCCUUGGCCAUGGAGGCUUCCCAGGGUUUAGCAGAAGUCGAGACUUUGAGCCCACAGCUAGCUGCAAGUUAUCUGAGAUAUGUGCAAGAAGCCAAAGAAGCAGCUAAGAAUGGAGAUCUGGAAGAAGCAUUGAAACUUUUCCAUUUGGCAAAGGACAUUUUUCCCACCAAAAAGGUGGUCAGCAGAAUCCAAAAACUACAGGAAGCUUUGGAGCAGUUGGCAGAAGAAGAAGAAGAUGAUGAAUUUAUAGAUGUUUGCAACUCUGGCUUGCUGCUUUAUCGAGAGCUGUAUGAGAAACUCUUUGUGCACCAGAAAGAAGGCAUUGCCUUCCUCUAUAGACUGUAUAAGGAUGGAAGAAAAGGAGGCAUCUUAGCAGAUGAUAUGGGACUUGGAAAGACUGUUCAGAUCAUUGCUUUCCUGUCUGGUAUGUUUGAUGCUUCACUUGUGAAUCAUGUGCUGUUGAUCAUGCCAACCAAUCUUAUUAAUACAUGGGUCAAAGAAUUUGCCAAGUGGACCCCAGGAAUGAGAGUCAAAACCUUCCAUGGCUCCAGCAAGGAUGAACGUAGUAGAAACCUGACACGGAUUCAACAAAGGAAUGGCGUCAUUAUCACUACCUACCAAAUGCUAAUCAAUAACUGGCAGCAAAUUGCAAGCUUUAAUGGACAAGCAUUUAUAUGGGACUAUGUCAUUCUUGAUGAAGCUCAUAAGAUCAAAAGUGCCACAACCAAGUCAGCAAUAUGUGCUCGUGCUGUUCCUGCAAGUAAUCGCCUUCUUCUCACAGGAACACCAAUCCAGAAUAAUUUGCAAGAACUGUGGUCCCUAUUUGAUUUUGCUUGCCAAGGCUCCUUGUUAGGAACACUAAAAACUUUUAAAAUGGAGUAUGAAAAUCCUAUUAUUAGAGCAAGAGAGAAGGAUGCCACCCCUGGGGAAAAAGCCUUGGGACUUAAGAUAUCUGAAAAUUUAAUGGAAAUCAUAAAACCCUAUUUUCUCAGGAGGACCAAAGAAGAAGUGCAGACAAAAAAGGCAGACAACCCAGAGGCCAGACUUAGUGAAAAGAAUCCAGGUGUUGAAGCCGUUUGUGUGAUGCCUUCUCUUACCAGGAAAAAUGAUUUCAUUGUUUGGAUACGUCUUGUGCCUUUACAAGAAGAGAUUUAUAGGAAGUUCGUGUCUUUAGAUCACAUCAAGGAGUUACUAAUGGAGACACGCUCACCUCUGGCUGAGCUGGGUGUAUUAAAGAAACUCUGUGACCACCCUAGGCUGCUAUCUGCACGAGUUUGUCAUUUGCUGAAUCUAGAGACUGCCACAUUCUCGGCUCAGGAUGAAAAUAAGCAAGAAGUUGCCUCAGAUGUGGAGAGCAUUGACAACUUAACUGACGGUGCAUUGAUGCAGGAAUCUGGAAAAAUGAUAUUCUUAAUGGCCCUGCUAGAGAGACUUCAAGAUGAAGGACAUCAAACUCUGGUGUUUUCUCAGUCAAGACAAAUUCUCAAUAUCAUUGAGCGCCUCUUAACGAAUAGGCACUUUAAAACAUUGCGAAUCGAUGGCACAAUAACUCAUCUUUGGGAACGAGAAAAAAGAAUCCAGUUAUUCCAGCAAAAUAAAGAAUAUUCUGUUUUUCUACUUACCACUCAAGUAGGUGGUGUUGGCCUAACAUUAACUGCAGCAACUAGAGUGGUCAUUUUUGACCCGAGUUGGAACCCUGCAACUGAUGCUCAAGCUGUGGAUAGAGUUUACCGAAUUGGACAAAAAGAGAAUGUUGUGGUUUAUCGGCUAAUCACUUGUGGAACUGUAGAGGAAAAAAUAUAUAGGAGACAGGUUUUCAAGGACUCAUUAAUUAGACAAACUACUGGUGACAAGAAGAACCCAUUCCGCUAUUUUAGCAAACAAGAGUUAAGAGAGCUCUUCACGGUUGGGGAUCUGCAGAACUCUGCAACCCAGAUGCAGCUUCAGUCUCUGCAUGCUGCUCAGCGAAGAUCUGAUGAGAAACUAGAUGAGCAUAUUGCCUACCUACACUCACUGGGCAUAGCAGGAAUCUCAGACCAUGAUUUGAUGUUCACCCGUGAUCUGUCUGUUAAAGAAGAACUUGCAUCGGUAGAAGACUCUCCAUACAUUCAACAGAGAGUUCAGAAGGCUCAAUUCCUUGUUGAAUCUGAAUCUCAAAAUACAUUGGAAAGACAAAGAACUGGAAACGAGGAAGCCUGGCUCAAAGCAUAUGCAUUUCCUUCUCAACAGAAGAAAGGUCAUCAAUUGAACAAACCCCAGCCUCGACCUUCACGCCUUCUAACUAAUCCUACCCAGAUAGAAGAUAUCAGUUCUCAAAUGGCUAGUAUAAGCAUUUAUGAUCAGUCUACAGAGAGUGAGCCCCAAGAUGUCUCCAAGGCACAUGAUGUUACUUUGCUGCAAGGUGACCAGCACCACUGUGAAAGUACAUUUGAUGCUGGUUCUGUAGCUACUUCGCCCCAGGGGGCUGGAAGUAUAGAAGAAGUUUGGAUUGACUCUUUACUGGGACCUACAAAAUGUUUUGCAGCUGAAAAUGAAGCUGAGCAAAAGAAGGCAGUACAAGUGUCGCCUAGGCAAGAGGCCCUGGAGUUGGAAGAGGAUCUUUUAGAAUCAACACCACAGUAUGCAUGUGAUUUCAAUCUUCUCCUGGAAGACUCCACAGGCACUAGGCAAAGUCUCUCCAGCAAGUUUUUGGAACAUGUUGAGAAAGAAAGUAGCUUGCAAAGCCCUGCAGCUAACUCCAGGGCAGAGUCAGUACUUAAUCACAGUUUGCAUUCUCCUAAUAAGAGUGAUGAAGAACCAGAAGUGAUUAGCGUAAAAACCAGAAGCAAAGCUAGAAGGCUCCUCUCAGAUGACGAAGGUGAAGAAGACACUUCUAAAGGUACUUGUGGCACAAGUUCAUUUAGCAUCUCUCCUUUUCCAUUCUCAUCUGUGAAACAAUUUGAUGUUUCAACUCCCAAAAACGAUGCCAAUCCAUCUGCAAGGUUCUUUUCACCAAAAAUACUUGACAGUGUGAAUAUAUCCUUUAAUUCUAGGAGAUCUCUGGCUUCUAGGAGGUCUCUGAUCAAUGUGGUUUUAGAUGACAUGGAAGACAUAGAGGAAAGGCUUGAUAACAGAAGUGAGGAGGAGACUGUUCCAGGUCAUUCAGAAGACGAGAGCAGUGAUGAAGCCUCAGUGCACAUAGAAGAGGAUCCCUCUGGGGAAACACAGGCUUCAGGAAACAAGCCCAGCAAUUUGACUGUGUCUGAGCCUAGUUCUCUGGCCCUGGAGAGCUCUCCCUGUCCGCCUGAACCUUUGUCAAGUGAGCCUUUGGUUGAUUCUCCCCAGGAUCCACCAGUGGAGGCUGAUAACGACUAUGAGACACUUGUAGCUCGUGGAAAAGAACUGAAAGAGUGUGGGAAGAUACAGGAGGCUCUCAACUGCUUAGUUAAAGCACUUGACAUAAAGAGUGCAGAUCCUGAGGUGAUGCUUAUGACUUUAAGUUUGUAUAAGCAACUUAACAACACUUGAGGACUCCAGAGCCUGGUUAUUGUGUCUAAAAUGAGACUGAAUAUAGAGGUUUUGUUCAGUAUUUCUUCCCUUGAACAUUUCUUUUUUUCCC